CUCCCUGUUACCAUGGGUAACUGAAGACAAUGUCAUAUGGGAUUCACUCCCUGCCAGUGAGCUUAUUUUCAGCUGUUAUUAUGGGCACCAAAACAAUUAUUCACAAUUUUGCCUACCAGAAAACAUAACACUAAGCAUUUCAAACAACAGGCACAAAGCCUAUUAUGCUGCUACUUUGGGUAAAGAGACAUUCUGCUACAGAUCUAAUGAAGCUAAAUUAUCCUUGUAUCAAACGUCAAAGCAUAAGAAGAGAAAUAAGAACUUAAGAGCUAAACCUUUUGGUGCUUGUGACGUUAACCAACAUUACUUUAUAACAAGGAGCUAAUGCAUCAAGCAGUAGAAGUAAAUUGUCCUACCGACAAUAAACAGAAAAAGGUAGUUGAAGUUGUCUAGGUAAAUAUUCUAUCUCUAUCAUUCAUCUCAAUUUGCACAUGAGAGGGAGGGCAAACCAUUGCAUUCUAAAACUUCUUCCUUGCUUUACUUAUUUAUAUAAGUAGUCAAGAGUAACAAACUCUGGAUAAUCCAAUCCAAGUUUUUGACAAUGGUCACAGGCUUGUUUAGAUGUAUCUCUCUUACAAACUCAUUCAUCAUCACAGAAGCCACAAAGUCCCUCACCCCUCUCCAUCUCUUAGCAGCUUUAGCUUUAAUUCUGGUAGUUUUCUUGCUUUAUUCUAGAUUCAGUAGUGUCUACCUUAUUGACUUCUCCUGUUAUCGGGCCCCCAAUCACUUGCGAACCCCAACCUCCCACGUGAUUGAACACUUGGAAUUAUAUGGCAAUUUCAGUGGAGAGAACGUCAAUUUCCAAGCGAAGUUAAGUGAGAGAUCAGGCAUUGGAGGUGAAGCUUUCAUUCCAGUAGGAGGACAUGAAAUACCACCUGAUACUUCUUUGAAGCGAGCUCGAGAAGAAAUUGAAAUGGUUCUCUUCACUGUUGUGAAAGAUCUUCUAUCCAAACACAAAAUAAACUCCAAACAAAUCGACAUUCUUAUAUCAAAUUGUAGCCUCGUCUGCCCGACACCAUCCAUUACAGCCAUGAUCAUAAACAAGUUCGGAUUCCGAAGCAACGUGAAAAGCAUCAGCAUCAGUGGAAUGGGUUGCAGUGCCGGAAUUUUGUCCAUAAGUUUGGCUAAAGAUCUUCUAAAAGUUCAUAAGAACUCCUUAGCUCUAGUUCUUAGCAUGGAAGCCGUUACUCCCAACGGCUAUAUGGGUAAGAACAAGUCCAUGCUUGUAGCCAACACUCUAUUUCGGGCAGGGGGAGUUGCCAUUCUAUUAUCCAAUAGGAAGCAAGACAAGAAGAUCGCAAAAUACAAGCUUCAACACCUUGUCCGAACCCACAUGGGAUCUGAUGACCUAUCAUACCAGUCUGUCUUCCAAGAAACUGAUGAAGAUGGGUUUGUUGGGGUCUCACUAUCAAGGGCACUUUUACGUAUAGCAGGCAAUGCCUUAAGGACCAACAUAUCUGAGAUAGGUCCACUUGUCUUGCCAUACUCUGAGCAGAUCCGAUAUGGGUGGUCAUUGUUUUGCCAGAAGGUUUGGGCUCCCGCAAGAUGGAAGGAAAUUCAUACACCAAAUUUCAAGAAGGCUUUUGAGCAUUUCUGUAUACAUGCUGGUGGAAGGGCUGUCAUUGAUGCUGUGGAGAAUACUCUCAGGCUGUGCAAUGAAGAUGGAGAAGCUUCAAGGAUGACAUUGUAUAGAUUUGGUAACACUUCAUCUUCCUCUGUCUGGUAUGAGCUCUGCUAUCUGGAGGCAAAAGGAAGAAUUAAGAAAGGAGAUCGGGUUUGGCAAAUUGCAUUUGGGAGUGGCUUCAAGUGUAACAGUGUGGUUUGGAAAUGCAUUUCAGAAGUAGAUCCAAAGGUAGAAAAUGCAUGGUCUGAUAGAAUCCAUUUAUAUCCUGUGGAAGUCCCCCAUGUGAUUGACCAUUGAUAAUCAACAUAGAUGCUUUAGUUUUGAAAUAUACUUGAUUGUAGACUAAAAUUUCUAUCUCCUCAUAUAUGCUUCUGGAUAUGUAUUUCAUGGUUGACAUCCCAUUGUAUUAUUUCAAAACUAGUCUUCAAUCCUGUGAUAGAUAAUAAAGGCAUUUUACAUGGAAUCAUCUAA